AUGCAUCUCCAAACAAAAGNCCUACACCAAAGACGACUCGUUAUCCUGUUCGACUUCCGAGGCCAGCUCGUCAUCCUCCGCCUCGAAACAAUCAAUCCCGCAAGCCGAGUGAGCUUCCCCAAACGCCUUAAUAUGGUCCUUGAGCGACCUCUUCCGCACGUGCAAUACCAAAGCUUCCCACAGUUCUUCUCGUGGGUCCGCCAAUCCCCCCUCACCGCAAAGGCUUUCCCGCACUUACGGCACAUAAACGGCUUUAUUCCGUGCUUGCGGUUCGGAAGUCCUUCAAAGGCUUGGCUCGUGGGUGGUCGAUGUUGUUUCGGCAACCGGCCGCACAACAAUAGCACGGCAGCCGAAGCAUGGCUGUCGGCUGCGUGCCCCUCAAAGACUCGGGGCCUUUACGCAAAGCGGGCACGAAAACUGGGUCGGGCCGAUCAGAAUCUGGGUCGGAGUCGGAAUCCAAUACUGUCCUCUGUUAAUUGGGCUCGCGGGGUAAUUAUUAUUACACCCAUAACCGCUGUUGGCAACGGUAACUUCUUCUUUAUUACUGAUGCAAUUUACCGUGGUACUGUCCCUCGACACCGUAUCCGAAUCACAAAAACCGCCAGCUGGAGUCGAAAGCCCUAA